AUGAGCCAGCCAAUCGAAUCGACUGUCCUCGACGACAGAACUGUGCCUCAUGAGGAGGUUGAGUAUCCUAACGAGAUUAUAACAGCAACCAAGAAUAUUGAGACUAAUGGCCACUUUAAAGAAGCCAUGCCACUUACAGAACACGCUCUUAGUUUGCUUGCGUCUACAGAAUCACAGAAUUUCCUUCAUGAUCAAACUAUUCAUUCGACCCCAGACUUUGAUUCAGAUUCAGACUCGAGUCUGGGCUCUUUGGAAACUCUCAGUUCGAGUGGUCUAGAAAGUUUAGCGGCGGAAACUUUUGAAACUGUCAAAUUAAGUCCUAAAGUAUCAACGCCAACCAAUAAUACAAUCGUCCGUCAGCAUCGACGAGGAAAACGUGUCCGUGAUGAUAAAUCCUAUUCAGACAAUCGGAGAGCAAGCACACGUGCCAGCCGUGUAAAUGCUUUGGAAUCAAAUUCAAAGAGGCGUUCUAAACGAAUUCGUACUGGAAGGCGUAAACUUGCUCAAGCAAAUGCUGGCCCCAAACAAGCGCUGACUUUAGCAGAGAAGAAACUAUGUGAUAGUUGUCACGCAAUACAUCUUGAUGUUAUUCAAGUUUAUGAUCUCUCUUUAUGUUCAUAUUGCCGUGGUGUAUUUUACGAUAACAUAGGUGUAAGACGAUCUCGAUGUGCUGGUCAAUCCAGAUUUGAUCAAUUUAAACGCGUUAAAGUACUCUGUCGCGAUAACAAGUGGUAUCCAGGAGUAGUGAUGGAAUAUAAGCAGGAACGUUUUAAAGUACACUUUGAUGGAUGGGAUGAGAUCUAUGAUGAAUGGAUACCAACGAAUAGUCGAAGAAUGCGAGACGUAACAUUAGAAGAAUUUCUCGGACGCCAACAGUCGUCCGAUGACGUUCCCGCGCGUAAGGUUGCAGAAAUCAACUCUGGAUCUGACGUUGAGAUUGAUUUGACAGCAGAUCUUCAGCUCACCCCAACAACCCCAACAGCAGAGGUACAGUCAACUGGCACAGAUGACCAGACAUCUCAGCUUCGACGAGGAAAACGUGCUCGUGGUGAUAAAUCCUAUUCAAACAAUCAGAGAUCAGGCACUCGUGCCAAUAGUUUGGCAUCAACGUCAAAGAGGCUUUCUAAACGAAUUCGUACUGGGAGGCCUAAACUCGAAUAUAGCGCUCAAGUUAAUGCCAUCCCUGAACAAGCGUUGACUUCGGCAGAGAAGAAACUAUGUGAUAGUUGUCACGCAAUACAUCUUGAUGUUAUUCAAGUCUAUGAUCUCUCUUUAUGCUCAUAUUGCCGUGGUGUAUUUUACGAUAACAUAGGUAUAAGACGAUCUCGAUGUGCUGGUCAAUCCAGGUUUGAUCAAUUUAAACGUGUUAAAGUACUCUGUCGCGAUAACAAGUGGUAUCCAGGAGUAGUGAUGGAGUAUAAGCAGGAGCGUUUUAGAGUGCGCUUUGAUGGAUGGGACGAAAGCUAUGAUGAAUGGAUACCGACAAAUAGCCGAAGAAUGCAAGACGUAACACUGGAAGAACUUCUCGGACUCCAACAGUCGUCCGACGACGUUCCAGCGCGUAAGGCUGUAGAAACCGAGACUGAAUCUGACGUUGAGAUUGAUUUGACAGCAGAUCUUCAGCUCACCCCAACAACCCCAACAGCAGAGGCGCAGUCAACUGGCAGUGAUGAUCAGACGUCUCUUCCGGCUCCUCUGACUCCUAGCUCUACUGACGAUGGUUUCGAUUGGCGUGAGCUCUAUCUUAGACGCAGUCCGCGUAAACGUGGUCAUAAAAAUAAAGCUCCCUUCAGGUACGACGAAGACAGCUUUACCAAUCAAGCGGAACUUAAAGCUCGAUUUCGUCCUGGUGCCAAGGUGGAAGCCCGCGAUAAAUGGAGAGAAUGGCAUUUUGGUCGGGUUAUACAAGCGAAGGGAUAUCGUGUGUUGAUACAUUAUGAUGAUCUCCCAAGCGUUUAUGACGAAUGGAUCGAUAUGAACAGUGAACGGUUGAAGGGCGGAUAUGAACCGGGGGAGGGGCCCGAUGACGAUGAAGGCGACAGGAAGAAGAAUAUUGGCAAAGCGAAGGCUAUUCAAGAAGAGGAUUGGGAAUACGUGAAAAAUGGAAUUAAAUAUAGCAAUGGACGAACUAAAUGUGUGUGCUAUGCUCACAAUUUUCCUGACUUUCAUGACCACCCUCGCUGUUCAUUUGCCGUACAGACAGUAAUAGGCGAUCAAGCACCACAAAUUACCUCAAAAGGAGAUCUUGUUUCUACAUUUGAAAAAGACAUGAUUGAUGAAACUUAUUCCACUGCUCAUCUUGACUUGUUGAAUAGUACUAAGCCACUCGUAGGAGAUACAGGGUAUAUGUACUUGAAGGCAUGGAGAUCAAGAAGAAUAUGUGGGUUUUGUAAUGACGACGACAACAAUCAUCUUGGUGGAUUUAUUGGUCCAUAUCCCUUUAUCUCAUGUGCGGCUACACGCCAUGGUGAGCGAAAGAAGAUUUUCUGGAGCCACUAUGCGUGUGCCAAGUAUUCUCCAGAGGUGUUUCAGUCAAAAGAUAAUGUAUGGUACAACGUGACCACUGCUUGGCGGCGUGGAAGAGGAAUGAAAUGUAGCAAGUGUAAAGAACGGGGCGCAACUAUAGGUUGUUUUGAGCCCAAAUGCACCAGGAGUUUUCAUCUUCCAUGUACAGAUAAGCCACUUGAACAUUUUGAAAUGGGAGUUAUUUUCUAUUGCCCAACACACGAAGCAUUCUACGACAAAAGAGAGGAAUAUAAUGAACUCUUUCGAUGUGACGUGUGUGCACAAGAGAUGGAUACAGACAAAUGGUGGACGUGCAAGCCUUGCAGCACGCGCUUUUUUAAUUCUUUCGAUUUAUGUCCUAAGUGCUAUACUGGCCAGUUUCCUGAACAUGAGCAUGCCAAGGAAUCAUUUGAAGAAAUAUCAUUACAGAAGAUUAAAGAUGAGAGAAUAACAAGACAAGCAAAAAUCGCGGUUGCCAACCAAAAAGCACGGGCUACAGGGAUACGCAAAAGACCAAAGCAGUUUCCGCAGAAAAAAGAACGUAUUCAUUGCUCAUAUUGCUGGUCGGAAGAAUCUUCCCGAUGGCGCAAAGGUUAUGAAGGAGUUUUAAUGUGCGAGGAUUGCUUUGAAGUAGCCCUUGUAAAUAACUCUGCUUCAGAUUCUCAUCUGGGUGCUGAAUAUGUAACCUCUUUCGAAGAUUAUAUCCACGCACCAUACCUUACGCGUACAUCAGUAGCCGCCAGUAAAUUUGAUAACUCCAUAUCGCAAGCUCGCUAUUUAGACAACUAUGAACCAUUAGAAAAUCAACUAUUUUCUCUUCCCUUUGAUUCAUCGUACUUUGACAUUCCCGGACGAGCACCGCGGUGGGCAACACAUAGUGGAACGGAUUACCAUGGUACAUGGCUUCCACAGACUGUACGUCGUGCGUUACAGCGUUAUACUCGAAAGAACGAUAGAAUACUGUCAAAUUUCCUUGGUCGUGGAACGGAUGCUAUCGAAUGCUUUUUACUAUCCAGACGGUGUAUUGGAAUUGAUAUAAAUCCGGCUGCUGUUGCAUUGUCACAACGUAAUUGCUCUUUUGCGAUACAUCCUGGAAAGGGCAUCACCGCUGAGCAUCGACCAAUUAUCGUACAGAGUGACUCUCGCGAACUGAGGGGCAGUCUAUUUGAAGAUGAGAGCUUUGAUCACGUAUUGAGUCAUCCUCCAUAUAAGAACUGUGUUGAAUAUUCAACCCAUAUUGAUGGAGAUUUGUCGAGAUAUGCUAAUUCGAAAGAUUUUAACCUCGAAAUGCAAAAAGUAGUUGACGAGUCUUGGAGGCUAUUAAAGCCAGGCCGUAGAACUACGCUGGGAAUCGGCGAUAACCGCGAACAAUGCUUCUAUAUUCCAGUUAGCUUUCAAUUGAUUCGUGAAUAUAUUAAUCGAGGUUUUCUCCUCGAAGAAUUGGUGGUGAAGCGCCAGAGAUACUGUUCUGCCUUUGGACUUGGGACAUACCUGUGUACACAAUAUGACUUUUUGAUGUUUACGCAUGAAUUCGUUGCAACUUUGAAAAAGGUCGACCGGGAGAGUAAUGAUAGGAUGCUAUUAAAUCCAACAAGCAUGGGUUACCCCAGAGUAUUGGGACUUGUCAACUUCUCAAGGAUUGUACGAGAAAUACCUUCUCUACCCAUUGCACGAAAGAGUGUAGUGAUGGGGACAACAUGGACAUUCAAACCUACAGCUAACCAUGAUUUUGUACUUCUUUGCACGUCGAGAAUGGUAGAGCGUUUUGGCAGAGAUUCGGCCAAUUGGGAAGAAAUCAAAAUAGAAUUUAACAAUAUAGAACAACCAACAGAUGAUAACGGCCAACCAAGUUUCGUGCAGGAAAUUGUCCCAAUGAUUAUUGAAGACGAGAACAUUCCAGAAUAUGAGCGAGCACGCCUGAAAAGAAUACGAGAAAACCAAAAAAAGCUUCUUUCAUUGGGCUUAAUAUCAGAUCUAAGUGAAGAGUCGGAUGAUCUUUCUCACGUCGAAAAAUUGCUUUCUCUCGAAGCACUCCCGCCACCGACACCAAUAGCACUUAUUGUCAUUCCUCACAUCCCUAACUCUGUUCUCAUCAAUCAUGACAUAAAAGACUAUCGCAUCGCGACUAUGCAUCUUGCUCGUGAAUCAUACGAGAAACUUCCUCCGUCCGGUUUUCUUAUAAUAGGUACUCAAGACGUGCGUACAAGAGAUAAUAAAUUAUGGCCAUUGGGAUUGUUAGUGUUGGAAGAUGUGAAGGCAGCGGUUGGAGAAGAUAAGAUGCCAUUGAAAGAGUUAGUCAUUACUGUUCCCGAGGGAUAUGCCAAAGAUAGGCGGAAGAUUACAUCAUACGAAGAAUAUGCCGAAGAAAAGUGUGUUCUGGAUGAAGAAAACAUUAACGAGCUACCAAUUGUGCAUGCAUGUUAUCUCGUAUUCAUGAAGCUUCGAUAA